AUGCCUGCCUCCAUGGUGCCCGAACAGCCCUCCGAAGGGUUUGUACAUAAUGGCCACGUCAAGAUACAUUACAGGGCUGGAGGACAUGGCCCGCUGCUGCUCUUGCUUCAUGGUUUCCCGGACAACUCUAAUACGUGGAACAAACAGAUGGAACACUUCGCAAAGAGGCACACUGUCGUCUGCCCUACUCUUCGCGGCUAUCCGCCCAGCGACAUACCCGAAGUGGAAGAACCCUCGUACAACUUGGUGAAGAUUCUCGGGGAUGUAAUUGCCAUUCUGGAUUAUUUCAAUGCGGAAAAAGCGGUUAUUGGUGGUCAUGACUUUGGGGGAGCUCUCAUUCAGUUAGUGGCUCUGUUCCACCCCGAGCGGGUGGAAGGGCUCAUCAUCAUCAAUUCCCCCAUUCUCCCGCGAUUUUACGACCUUGUCAACCACGACAAGGACCAACAAGCCCAGUCCGCCUAUACUAUUCCGUUUAUCCAACACCAGCCGGGCAACGACAAAAACACAGAUUUCCUUGUCCAAACAAUCCGAGACCCAGCCUAUCGAGAUGAAGUCCGACAGUACGUCAACGAGUCACCGAUCGAAGGCAUGUUUGCCUACUACAAGUACAACUAUCCGUCGCCCCCUUACGACCAAGCUGUGAACACAUCCACCAUGCUGUAUCAGGUACCUACCUUGAUUAUUUGGGGCUUAGACGACGGUGCCUUCUCUUUGAAGAUGCUUGACGGCAUACCCAAUCAUUUCAAGGAGAGCGUUCGUCUUGUUACGCUACCUGGUGUUGGACAUUGGGCAUUUAGAGAGCAACCGGAUCGUGUCAAUGAGGAGAUCUCAUCAUGGCUGAUCAGUCUUUCUUCAAUUGAAACUUCGAGUGCUUAA